GAUAUCGGUGAACGCGGUGUAGGCGGGAAAUUCUUUAGGGAUUUAAAAAAAUCGUUCUCGUGAAUCCAACUCGUAUUGAAAAGUAUAGUGAUUUGUUUAGUGAAUUGCCGUUUGCUGUUUAAUUAAUUAAUUGUUUGUUUCAUCGUCUCGUUAAUCAUGGAAAUUCCUUCGCGUUCGGAUGGAUCGUCCAUGGAAAGACUCACUGAGAGAAGUGUGGGGGGUCAAUCGAUUUCUAAGGAGUCUGAAGACGAGCUACAGGAUUAUAACAGAUCGCUGUCCCUGCAGGGUGACUCGUGUGUAAACUGUAAUCAGACAGUCAAGGUAUAUUUAAGAUUGAAGCCUGGAUCAGACAAUUACGAAAAUUCGGACAUGUACACGAUAACGAACUCCACGACGCUCCUAACAAAAUUGUCUACUGCGGAAGGUGCAGGUGGUUGUCAAAAAAGGGGUAAACAUUUUGAAAAUCCUACAAGACGUUUCACGUUCGCCAGGACCUUCGGUCCCGAGUGCUCGCAGGCCCAGCUGUUCGAUCAGGCUGUUAAGCAGCAAAUGGUAGACUUCCUGACAGGUCAAAGUUCGACGGUUAUGAAUUACGGCACAAUCAAUGCUGGAAAGUCGUAUACCAUGCUGGGAACACUCGCGUCACCCGGUAUAAUACCACGUGGUAUAAAGUUGACGUUCUCUACGCUCAAUUGCACUUUAUUCCCUUGGUACAAGCCGAGUCCGCUGAACGGUGCGAUUGGAUUGGUUGAAUCGGAACGAAUUCAUGAGACGGAAUUAAGAAGAAAAUUUAUUGCUGAUGCGAUCGACAAGACUCAGUGGAUCACGGCUUUUGAAAGUUUCCAAACUUCCGGUAUAGAGGGAAACGAAAUUUUCCAAGAUGCUUUGUACUCUGUAUGGGUAUCCUUUGGUGAAAUUUAUAACGAAACUGCGUAUGAUCUUUUGGCUGAAAACGAAAGUAAACACUUACCGCUUACCAUGGUGACAGAUAAGCAUGGUUCUACCUUUAUCAAAGGGCUUAGAAUGAUAUCAGCCACGACCGAUAUGGAGGCUUAUAAGAUUUUUAUGAUCGGUCAAUCAAGACUGAAGGUAGCUUCCACUAUGACGAAUCCCAAGAGUUCGAGAUCUCAGGCGAUUUUCACGAUAAGGCUAUUGAAGUACUUUAACGAUUUUUCACCCGACGAAGUCGAGAUCAGCUCGAUGAAUUUUUGCGAUCUGCCAGGAUUCGGUCAAUCCAGAAGAACGUUGAAUAUCGGCAAGAGACUCAAGGAGGCGCAAAAUAUUAACAGCAGUCUCUUGGUUCUCGGUAGAUGCUUAAAGGCUGUUCUCAAUAGUCAAAUGUCCAGGGAAAAUGGGGAAAUUUGCGCUCCGUUUCGCGAAUCCAAACUUACGAGAUUGUUCCAGAAAGCCCUUUCUGGGAAGGAGUUCAUAUCGUUCAUAGUCAAUUUGAAUCCGACGUCUGAUCUUCAUGCCGAUAAUCAGAGUGUUUUGAGUUUUUGUAAUAUUGCCAAAAAAAUAGCAAUCAACCCCAGCAUGGAUCUGAGAAAGUCAACAGUUUCAGAAAUAAAUUUUCAAAGUUCUCAUACAACGAUCGGUAAAUUGGAUAAAGCUAAGGAUGAGAUUACCGAAAAAUCCUGUAUUUCGGAACGAACCGGUUAUGCAAAAUUGAAAGGAGAAAACGAAAUGCUGAAAAAGGAAGUUGCGAAUUUGAAGAAUUCAAUGUUCAGUCGCGAACUGGAAGUUCGACAGGAAAUGGUGCAGUCCUGUACGGAAGUGAUAAAAGAACUAGAAGCAGAAUGGAGAAGUCACGCGAAGGAAGUCGAAAAACAUCAAGAAAAUUUGCUCAAGUGGUCGGUCAAUCAAGUUGAGGAUUUUUACAAGGAACGUAUUUCGAAUAUCAAUCAAAGAAAACGUAGACGUACGGAGAACGGUAAAGAAAACGAGGAGGAUAAAGCGACGAUAGAGGAAUUGGAGAUUGAAAAUGCUCAAUUAAUUUCCAAAAUUCUGGGACACAAGGAAACCAUACGGGAAUUAACGAAGGACAGUACAAAAAUAGAAACAGAAAAAAAUCAGAGCAAUUUCGAGAAUAGUCUACUGAGAAAGGAGUUAAAAGAUUUGCAAAAAUUCAUAGAAUCGUCACAGGACGAGGGUUGCGACGGUGAAAAUUCGGAAUGCUUGACAGAUCAAUUAAAGAAUUUGAUAAACACCAAAGAUGAUAAGAUCAAGACUUUGAAAAAAUCUCUCGAUCAAUCCAAGGAGGAAUACGUAAGGAUCAGUGCGGAAGUUAUAAGAGCGGAAAUGGAUUUACUAGGCUCAAAGAAGGUCCUAUCGGAGAAUUCAACCAAAGUGAAAAACCUCGAAGACAAAGUGUCUGAAAAAUCAAAUUACAUAGGUAUGCUCCAGUCACAGUUAAACGUUCAAAGAAAACAGCUGAUUGAUUCGGAGAUAGAGAUCCAGGAGUUUCAAGAUAAAUUGAAUAAAUCCGAAUUGAAGGUAUCGAUCCUGUCGAGGAGAGUGGAGAAAUUUGAAAACUCCGAUUACGCGCUAUCCGCGUAUGCCAAUGCGAAAGGCGACGACUCUCUUCUAGAAAAUGACCUCAAUCAGUCGGACAGUAAAUUGCUACUGAAGGAAUCGAGAAGCGAAGAUAACAGUAAGAACGAUUCCGGAAUAAUAGUAAAUCGCGAGAGCGAAAGUCAAAGAUCUACGUGCACGACGAACAGUAUAAAAUCAGAGAGCGAUGACAAAGGUAGUCAAACGAUUGGAUUGGACCAAGAGACCAAAAAAGGGAUUCUCGAAGAACUGGAGUCGUUGCAGCAGCAGCACGAGACUCUGAAGGUGAAACGGGUACAGGAGAUUCAAAAAACAAAUGAGCUUCAUGAGGAAUUGGAAUUUUUCAAAAAGGCUGCGAACGUUCACGAAAGGAACACGGAUACGUUUAUGGUCCAGGCGAAGGAGUACGAGCUAAAGUAUAGAGAGGCGUCGAAGGAUCUGGAAGCUCGUUCUCGGGAGUACGAGAACGUGAUCAGGGAAUUACGUGAGAAACUGGAGAUCAGCCAGGAAAGUGAAAAUCGUACAUCGCGAUGUCUGGAGGAAUAUCUCGAGAAGUCAGACUCCCUGGGGAGUCAGUUAUCAGUGGCGUACGGGGAACUCGAAAGAGCCUCUGUCAAGUGCUUCACGCAGCACGUGCCCAAAAUUGAUAAGCUGGAGAAGGAGUGUCUUUCGAAAAGCCAAAAAAUUAUUCAACUGGAGGAAAGAAUCGUGGAGUUGGAAAAGGACCAAGUGAAACUGGUGGUAAUCAACGACAGAUUAAAAGAUUUGGACGAACUUUUCGAAAGGUCCAAUAGAGACAAAAUGAACAGUCUGGAGGAGAUCAAUCGGAGAAAGGAAUUUCAAUUAUUUCUCGAGGAGAAGCUUGAGGAAUUCAAGAAACGUAUAGACGAGAGGGAGCAAGAAAUCGCGUCGCUUCAAGAGAAGCUGCAAUUCAUUGUUAAGGAAUUGAUCAGAUCGGAAGAUGAUCGGAGGACGAUCGAACGAGACUCCAGACGAGAAAUCGGUAAGCUCAGAGCGCAUUUACUGGCACUGGAGAAAAAUGCGGCAUUCCUCAAUGCGAUUCACCAAGAGGACGAGUGCAGAAGGAACGAAGUGGACGGACUGAAGAUUCUGCUUCAAGAGAAGGAUCGUGAGAUGAAUCUUCUGAAGAAGCACAGGGACAAGACCAUCAGAAGAUACGAAUCCUUAGUCCGGCAUCUGCAGGGGAACGUGGAGAGAUGUAAGCAGGAAUCGAUGAGAACGAGAAAAGUGCAACAGAAGAAAUUGCCAUUUUACAAGCAGUGCCAAUUUUCCGAGUCAAAGUACGUUAAGGAGGACUCGAGUAUUCGCAGUUCCGCCAGUCUGCAAACAAUCGAUACGUCGACACCAAGGGGAUGGAGAAAGUUCAGUAGAAAGAGGGAAAGUUUUAUAGAAAACAGUAAACCCCAAGAAGUAAAAAGGAAAUCCGACCUGGAAAUAAUAUCUGGGGAGUAUCGAAUUCCUGAGAGAAACGAGGAUUCGUCGGCGAUAACCGUUUCUACGACUGACGAAUCCCUAGACGAAUACCAUAGAAUAACAAGGUGGAUGGAGAUACGAAGAAGCAAUGGAAAAACGAAAUAUUUGGUACAAAAGAACGAAGUGUGCAUAGACGUCGAGCCGGAUGAUGAUUUUCAAAAAGUCCCAAACGCGGAAUUCUAUCAAAGAUAA